AUGGCCGAAGCAUCUAGGGCCUUGCCGCCCGACGUGGAACUGGUGGUUUUCGACAUGGCCGGCACCACUGUGAACGACCUUGUCGAUGGUGAGCCGCUGGUCAUCGCAGCAUUCCGGGCCACCUUGAAGGCCUACGACGGAACGGAGGUCGAGUUCGCGAAGGCCAACGAAGUACGUGGCUAUGAGAAGAAGGAAGCUCUGAAGCUACUCAUGAGCUCCACAAGAGGUCUGGAACGUGAAGCCAUUGAAGAAGCAGAGGUUGACGUGGUGUACAAGAUUUUCGAAGCAGAGCUUGAGAAGCUCAGCUGCCGUAUCAACAGUGAGAUUGAGGGAACAUCUGCUUGCUUCCAGGAGCUGAGGAGACGAGGCAUCAAAGUUUGCGUCGGCUCAGGUUUCCCCGAGCAUGUUGUGGAGAGCAUUGUAAAGAACCUGGGCUGGUCUGUGGAUGGCUUCUUCUCUUCGGCGAAGCUUGGCGCUGGCCGCCCCGACCCCAUCAUGAUGCACACAGCCAUGAAGAGCUGCGAUGUGCAGAGCCCCGAAAGGGUGGUGAAGAUUGGCGACACAAAAGUUGACGUGGAGGAGGGGAAGAAUGCCAGGGCCUGGACAGUUUCGGUGCUCACCGGCACGCAACCUCGAGAGAAACUCGAGGCCGCCGAGCCCGACUUCAUCAUUGAGUCUGUUGCAGAGCUGACCAGCUUGUUGAAGCCUGCCAGCUAG